GGACCGCAGCUCGGCGCCGGGCGGCCACCGGCGGGCCUGGCAGGCCUACCAGGAUGGAGGGGCAUGCUGAAAUGGAGAUGCUGAGGACACUGACGGGGCCCUCCACAGGGGAGGUCAGCGUGCACCUGGUGGCCAGAGACAGCCCAGGUUCCGGUCCUCAUCUGCCGGCAACUGCCUUCAUCAUUCCAGCCAGCUCGGCCACCCUGGGCCUGCCCAGCAAUGCCCUGGAUGUGUCCUGCUUUCCCCGGGACCCAAUCCACAUAGGUGCCCCGGAGCAGGUGGCCAACAGCGAACCAGUUACCGCCACCGUUCUGCCGCAGCUCAGUGCGGGGCCGGCUGCCAGCUCCAGCGCCAGCACAGUGCGGCUUCUGGAGUGGACGGAGGCUGCAGUCCCGCCCCCUGGGAGCGGCCUGCGGUUCCGGAUAAGCGAGCACACGCCGCUCAACAUGGUGGGAGUGGAGCAGCCCCAGAGCCCGGAGCUGAGGCGGGAAAGCGUGACCCAAUACGAAGAUGGCGGGCCUCCGGCAGGAGAUGGCGAUGCGGGCACCCAACAGCCCGAGGACCUCCCCCAGGAUCCUCCAGAAGAUCCCCCUCAGGACUCCCUCGAGGAUGAUAGCUCCUGCCAGUGCCAGGCCUGUGGGCCUCAGCAAGGCGCCGGUCCAGAUCUUGGUUCCUCCAAUGAUGGCUGCCCUCAGCUCUUCCAGGAGCGGUCAGUCAUAGUGGAGAAUUCCUCAGGCCGUGGCAGCGCUUCUGAGCUUCUCAAACCCAUGAAGAAGAGGAAGCACAGGGAAUACCACAGCCCAUCAGAGGAGGAGUCUGAGCCAGAAGCCAUGGAGAAGCAAGAAGAAGGAAAGGAUCCAGAGGGACAACCCACCGCUAGUACCCCAGAGAGUGAGGAGUGGAGCAGCAGCCAGCCUGCGACAGGUGAGAAGAAGGAAGGCUGGUCAUGGGAGUCCUACUUAGAGGAGCAGAAGGCCAUCACUGCCCCAGUCAGCCUCUUCCAGGACUCCCAGGCAGUCACUCAUAACAAGAAUGGCUUCAAACUGGGGAUGAAGUUGGAAGGCAUUGACCCUCAGCACCCGUCCAUGUACUUCAUCCUCACCGUGGCUGAGGUGUGUGGCUACCGCCUACGUCUGCACUUUGAUGGGUAUUCCGAGUGCCAUGACUUCUGGGUCAAUGCCAACUCCCCUGACAUUCACCCUGCUGGCUGGUUUGAGAAGACUGGGCACAAGCUACAGCCUCCCAAAGGUUACAAGGAGGAGGAGUUCAGCUGGAGCCAGUACCUGCGCAACACAAGAGCUCAGGCUGCCCCCAAGCACCUGUUUGUGAGCCAGAGCCACAGCCCCCCACCCCUGGGCUUCCAGGUGGGCAUGAAGCUGGAGGCUGUUGACCGCAUGAACCCGUCCCUCGUCUGUGUGGCCAGUGUGACCGACGUGGUGGACAGCCGCUUCUUGGUGCACUUUGACAACUGGGAUGAUACUUACGACUACUGGUGUGAUCCCAGCAGCCCCUAUAUCCACCCGGUGGGCUGGUGCCAGAAGGAAGGAAAGCCCCUUACCCCUCCACAAGACUACCCAGACCCUGACAGCUUCUGUUGGGAGAAAUAUCUGGAAGAAACUGGGGCCUCUGCUGUGCCCACCUGGGCCUUCAAGGUGCGACCCCCUCACAGCUUCCUGGUCAACAUGAAGCUGGAGGCUGUGGACCGCAGGAACCCAGCCCUGAUCCGUGUGGCCAGCGUGGAAGAUGUGGAAGACCAUCGGAUAAAGCUCCAUUUUGAUGGCUGGAGUCAUGGCUAUGAUUUCUGGAUCGACGCUGACCACCCAGACAUCCACCCUGCGGGCUGGUGCUCCAAGACAGGACAUCCCCUGCAGCCUCCUCUCCGCCCCAGAGAGUCCAGCUCUGCCUCUCCUGGGAACUGUCCCUCUCUCAGCUAUCGGAACCUGCCCAACACUAGGACCUCCAAAUACAGCUUUCACCACCGGAAGUGCCCCACUCCUGGUUGUGACGGCUCUGGCCAUGUCACAGGCAAGUUCACAGCUCACCACUGCCUGUCGGGCUGCCCACUGGCCGAGAGGAACCAGAGCCGGCUGAAAGCAGAGCUGUCUGACACAGAGGCCUCAGCCCGCAAGAGGAAUCUCUCAGGCCCGUCCCCUAGGAAGAAGCCUCGCCAUCACGGCCGAAUUGGACGCCCUCCCAAGUUUCAGAAGAUUCCGCAGGAAGAUUUCCAGACACUCACCCCUGGUGUCAUGCCACAGUCCCUCUUCAUGUCUGCCUUGUCUGCCCACCCUGACCGCUCACUCUCAGUGUGCUGGGAGCAGCACUGCAAGCUCCUGCCAGGAGUGGCAGGUAUCUCAGCCUCGACAGUCACCAAAUGGACCAUCGAUGAGGUCUUCGGCUUUGUUCAGACCCUGACAGGUUGUGAGGACCAAGCACGCGUCUUCAAAGAUGAGAUGAUUGACGGCGAGGCCUUCCUUUUGCUGACACAGGCGGACAUUGUGAAGAUCAUGAGCGUCAAGCUGGGCCCAGCCUUGAAGAUCUAUAACGCCAUUCUCAUGUUCAAAAAUGCUGAUGACACCUUAAAGUGACUGGCCCAGGGCUGGGCCCUCCUCCUUGCUGGGCCUCCCUCUCCAGCUGAUACUUCCUCCCUGACUUGCAUCCCUAUACCCCACUGUGCCCCCACCCUCUGUAUCUGACCAGGGUUGGUCCUUCCUAGAAGGUGCAUGGGAGCAGAGGAGCCCAGGGAGGGUGGGAUCCUGGCCCCGGGGUCCUGGGGCUCAUUUGCCAUCAGGUGCACCAGUGAGAGUGUGACUGGCCGGGGUGUUACUGAUAGAGUAGGUUGGAGGCCCUGCCUCUGGUAGCCCCACACCCCCAGCUGACUUGUUUUAUCACCAAAGGGUCUUUUUCUUAAUGGUUAAGAGGAGUCUGGUAGAGCAGGAGUCCUCUGAUCUGAGGUCCUUGCCCCUUUUUGGCAUCUCCACGCACUUUUCUCUCCUUGGCUCCUUUCCUCCUAAGAAGUGACCCUGCCAUGAACAUAUUUACACCUGAAGUCACCUCCUCCCUUUCUAUCUGCCUGUUUUGCUGCCCUCAUUCCUGCUUCCUGGUUUCCUGGGUGAUACCCCCAGCCAGAACCCACUAGUUCUUCCCCCUUAGAUGUGUGAACCUCAGAAACAUGUUUUCAUAUGAUCCAUUGGGAGUCUCUGGCUGCCUUUCUCCCUUUUGCCCAGAAAUGGGGGAUUCUGAGCCAAGAGGCCUUCUUAAACAGGCCCAGUGCUGGACUAGUUGGCAUUUGUGUCCCAUGUCAAGUCCUAGUUCCAGCAGAUGAGCAGGUGGUCAGAGCCUGUUUCACAACUGACAGAGGUUGAGGUUCCACUGAUGUUUCCGACACACCCUUCCCGUGUUGUGUCUGGGGAGGAGGAAGCCUGGCCAGGAGACCAGCCCAUGGGUAUGUCAGACAAUCUUGGGUCUUUGACCAGAGGGGCAGCUCCAGUAGGCAUGGUGGUGUCCAAAGCUGGGCAUAGCAUCCUCUCUGCAGCCAUGGGCCUCAGCCAAGGUAUUGCCCAUGGGGUGAGGGCCCCAGGCCUGCCAGGCCUCCUGCCAUGAGAAUAUAGCACUCUGUCUAGCACACUCCCCACAUGACAUCACCUUCAGUCUGGCUCUUAAAUGUUUACCACUUGCUCUUGAGAAGUCUUACAAAGGCCACUGAAAGUUGGGAGUUGGGAAGGUGAACUCUUCUAUCUGAAUUCUCUAGGUCCCUUAAGCCCUCCUUGCCACUCUCCAUCUGUCUUGCACUGCCAGCUGGGUUCCUGCUCGGGCUCUGGGACUUCAACUUCUUGGGGUGGGGGCCCAGCCUCCACUGAGCCACUGCCAAACCUGCUUCCCAGCCUGGGGGGAAGGGCCAGAGCCCCUGGCAGGAGCCAGCCCCACAGGGAGGUGAGGAGCCACCGCCAAGCUCCUGUGCCCCCAGGUGCUGACAUGAGCCUGCAGGGUGUGGGGCCAGGGGCUGUCCUUCCCCAGACCCCUUUUCUCAAUCGUGUGCGAUGUGUGUCUGUGUGGCACUCUCAGAAGUGUUUGACAGGGUGCAGAUGUGAAGCUCAGUGCUGGGAAAAUAUCAAGGGCUAUUGUCAUUAAAAAGUGUAGCUUUAUUUUUUCCUUACAAGUGGGAAACCCAAAGCUCUGCUGAUUUCCUGCCAUGGCCCAGUAGGGACCCCUCUCUCACACAGGCCAGACAGCUUUUUGAGGACAGCCAUUCAGCCCCCUGCUGAGCUCCCACAGGGCUUCAGAUGUUCUUUCCCUUUCAACCCUGAGAGGUGGCUUUGAGCACAGCCUUCCUGGGAGCUCCUCAGGGCGAAGGUUGGAUGUACAGAGGUGGCAUUGGUGCCCCCUUGGCCAAGAGUACAGAGGAGCCAGUCUAAACCUCUCUUUUAUCUUGGUUGCCUACGUGGUGGCAAAACUCAUCAGCUCCUUGUCUUCAGUCUGCUCCUCCACAAAAGGAGAGAAGCGCACUGACUUUGUGGUGUGAGGAGAAGGCAGCAGGUACUUAAGGCUGGUGCUGUGGGGCCUCACAGCUUCCGGGGAGGGGCUGGACAGCCUUUGCCCUGCAGAUCUGCCAAGCUCCUGAUGCUUGUCUGUGGGAAAGGCAAGAUGGACUGAGGGCAGUGGAGAAGUCGUCCCCAGGCCCCUAGACUUUGAUGCCUCGGCACUUUCUGCACUGAUGUCAACCUUUCUGUCAAGAAACCAAAUCAUUAAUACGUGGAAAGAAGUCUGCCUUCUGUGUACCCCACUGUCCCUUCAUGCCCACUCUGUCCCCAGAUGAGAUCAUUGCAUCUUGACCUGGGAGCACAGAGAGGGGGAGGGGGUUGGCAGCAGUUCCUACUGCCCUCUGCCCUUUGCCCUCUGCCCUGCUCUCUAGCAACAGGUGCCACUUACAUUUUGGCCCCUGGCAGCCUCGCCCUGCCCCUGCUCAGCUCCGGCUUAGGGCAGGGGAGACCUUUCUGUUUAAUUUCUGAAGCAGAGAGAAUGAUCUCAGAGUUUGAAAAUGAAGUCUUUUUUGCACUUUCAUUCACAUGCACUUUGGUGGGAUUACAUUUUUGUACUUGCCUCUCUUGUGUGCACGUGUGUGUGUGUAUGUGUGUGUGUGUGCUUUAAGAGGAUCUCUGGCUUAAGCUGACUCUUGAGGGAGAGUUAUAAACAAAAUGUUAUGUUAUUUGUCAGUGUAUCAAAACAACUUAAAUAAACUUGAACAACGGAU